GGAGAGUCUUUUUUUGGUAGCGCCAGAUGUUGUAUUCUUCGGCGUCGUUGCACAGGCAUUUCUAUCUUAUGGCUCCCAAACCCCAACUUAUCCGUCGACUUGCAGAUUCAACAAUGCAAGGCACCACCAAAAAAUCUAGGUUGAUCGCCACUGCAUCAGCUUCACCGUCGUCGUCUAUGAAAGAUUAUUUCUCCAAAUACGCUGAAUACCUCAAUCAAUUCAAUGACAAGAGGGAAAGGGUGGUGAAAGCAAGUCGUGAUAUCACCAUUAAUAGCAAAAAGGUGAUAUUUCAGGUGCACAGAAUCAGCAAAAAUAACAAAGAUGAGGUGUUGGAGAGGGCAGAAAAGGAUCUUUUAGCUGUCAGAGAUCAGCAUAUAGCCCGGCUAGUAAAUGAAUUGCAAGGGACUGAUUUCUGGAAGCUAAGACGAGCAUACUCUCCAGGGGUACAAGAAUAUGUUGAAGCUGCGACAUUAUGUAAAUUCUGCACGAGUGGUACCCUGUUGAAUCUUGAAGAGAUAAAUUCCAUGUUAUUACCACUGAGUGAUGCUUCUUUGGAGCCUCUGCAAAUUAAUAUCCUUGACUACAUAUUGGGGCUAGCUGAUUUGACAGGAGAGUUGAUGAGGUUGGCAAUUGGAAGGAUAUCAGAUGGCGAACUUGAAUAUGCUGAGAGGAUAUGCAGAUUUGUGCGUGAAAUCUACAGAGAACUUACGCUCGUGGCUCCAAAAAUGGAUGAUACUUCAGACAUGAAACAAAAGAUGGAUACAAUGCUCCAGAGUGUAAUGAAAAUAGAAAAUGCGUGCUAUAGUGUUCAUGUGAGAGGUUCUGAAUAUAUCCCACUGAUUGGAACAGAUGAUACAAGUUACGCCUCACUGGGAAUGUCCAGCCUCGACUAGUGAAUUCCCUUGUGAAAUUUAUCUUUUAAAAGAAACAACUAUUGAAGACCACAAGACCCUACUACACGAGCAUGUGGUCUGCAUUUCGAAUGGGAAGGUGAUGUAUCCAUAGUUUGUUAUCUUCCUUUGAUGACAUUGAUAGCAGCAGGGUCGUAGAGUGUAUUUUGAGGUUUAAACCCUGUAGUAUCUGGACUUAAACAUGUUAGCAUCACAUGCCAAACUGUAUUUUGAUGAUGUUUGCUUUGGUUAACAUGUCUAUAGCAGAUAUGGCAGUCUUCAAUUUGUAUGUUCCUACUGUUUAAAUGCAACCCUAACUUGUAAGGACA